CAUUUCAGAAACUGUUGGACCUUUAACUGGCGUCGAGCUCGUUAAUGUGUCACUCAAGUUAAAUAGUUCGCUUAACUUCUGCAUCGUGCUCAGUUUAGUUCAUGUUUACAGAAUGUUUGUAAAUGAUAGAAACAGCACGGUAACAGUGAAUCGUUUCAGUCUUUGUUUAGGAAUGUGACUAAUCACAUGAUUAGUGUCAUAUGACAUUGACUAGCCCACGAAAGAGGGAAUGAGAGCAGAAAUCUUCAACAGUUCACAAUAAUACACUAAGGAUGUCGUCUGUCGUGAUGAGUUCAGAUGGAUAGACAGAUGUGGUAAACCGCUGGAUCAUGGAGCGAUUGGGAGUUUGGUCUGUUCUCGCCACCGCUUGUGUUUUGGGAGUGGUGAUGAGUCAGACAACACUCAGUCCUGCUGUGACCAUCACCACAGUCAGUGUAAGCUUGAGCACUACAGGGCCCAGCUGCUCCGGCCUCAACACCUCCACCUGCACGGCCUGCGCUCCUGGCUCUUAUUAUGAUAACGAAACUCUGUUGUGCUCCUGCUGUCCCGAGGCAGGCCUGUGUGUGUUACCUGGAGCCUGUCUUCUGUGCGUCCAGGGUUUCUAUCAGCCUCUAGCAGGACAGCAGGGCUGUGUGCCCUGUUCAUCUGGGUUUUACAGCAAUGUCACUGGAAGCCCUGUCUGCCAGCCGUGUCCUACUGGGUCCUACAGCAAUAACACAGGCUCUGCUUCCUGUACAGCAUGUGCACCAGGUUUCUACACAUCUUUGCAAAAUUCAACAUCCUGUAACCCAUGUCCACAAGGCACAUCCUGCAAUUCCUCCAGCUGUACUCAGUGCCAGGUCUGUCCCGCAGGCUCAGAGGCUCUACAGACCGCUUCCAAAGAAUGUACGCCUUGUCGCCCAGGAAUGCACAAGCCUUUCAAACAAACCAAGUGUCAGAUCUGCCACAGUGGUUUUUAUCAGAUCCACUGGGGCCAAGAGAACUGUGACCUGUGUCCUGAAAACCACUACUGCCCAAGUCCUGAUGUAAAUCCGAUCCUGUGUCCCACUGAUGCGUUCUGUCCUGAGGGCAGCACGACUCCUGGUUACUGCAUGGAGACCUUCUUCAGAAAGGCAGGGGAGACGUGUGAACUUGCUCCUGUUACCAUUGCACUGCUUGUUAUUGGAGGAGGAGUGGGUCUUCUCUUCAUCAUCGUUUUGGUUCUGCGGAAGAGAAGAGAUAAUGACAGCGAGCUUUCCCUUGCUCGGACGCCCCUCCUGCGAAAAGACCACCCACCUGGCCACUUCUAUGGGAUCCCUUGUGAUGCAGAGCCUGUUUAUGCAGGCUGGUGACAUUACCAAGUACACUGACCUGUUUUCAACUGCACAGACUUUGUUUGAAAGUUUCUAUUUAGAACUUUAUAUUGGUAAGAUACUAUUAAAUAUUAAAAGAAUGAAGAGACUUUUCUGCAUUCCAUUUUUAAAACCUGUUUACUACUGACCAUGUUGUGGAGUUACGUCUCUUCUGAUUCUGACUGCUUUUGGAGUCUGGAAAUUAUGAUAAACCAUUUGUUUUUGGGAGGGGGGUGGGUUGUGCACCAGAUAUGUUAAGCCAUGGUACUGAAAGGAUUUUGGACUAAAUUGCUGGAUUAUGCUUCUUUUGUUCACAGAUGUUUACUUUUUUUUUUUUUUUUUGGUACCACUGUUUGUUUACCUAGGGUCCUCAAGGUACAUUGUAUUAUAUUAAUUAGCAGUAUAUCUUGUAUUUAACAUCUGAUGUCACAUUAGGCUACUUUUAAAACAAAAUAUUAAGGAAAUUUUUCUAAAGUUGUACUGGAAUAAACAUCUUUUCACAACUUUGAUAUAAAA